AUGGCCAAGGACAAGAAGAAGGGAAAUGACGUCAAGAAGGCCAAAAAGGCCGAGAAGGCAGCCAAGCAAGCCAACAAGGGUGAGAAGAAGGCCAAGACCAAGGCGGCCAAGGUAGAGGGCAGCGACGGCGAGGACGCCGACCUGGACGAGAUCCUGGAAGAGUACCGCCGUCAGCAGGAGCAGUUCCACAAGAUCACCGAGACGGUGAGCCCUGAGCCUCCCAAGCCGCGGAGCGCCUCGACGCUCAUGGCGGCCCCCCACGACAGCAACGUGCUCCUCCUCUUCGGCGGCGAGUACUUCAACGGCGCGAUGGCGACCUUCUACAACGACCUGCACGUGUACAACAUCUCGCGCGACGAGUGGCGCACGGUGACGUCUCCCAACGCGCCCCUCCCGCGGUCCGGGCACGCCUGGAGCCGGUCGUCCAACCCCAACUUCGUCUACCUGUUUGGCGGGGAGUUCUCGUCGCCCAAGCAGGGGACCUUCCACCACUACUCGGACUUCUGGAGGCUGGAGCCGGCGACGCGCGAGUGGACAAAGAUCGAGGUCAAGGGCAAGGACAAGAGCCCGCCGGCGCGCAGCGGCCACCGCAUGACGUACUGGAAGCACUACAUAAUCCUGUUCGGCGGCUUCCAGGACACGUCGAACCAGACGCGGUACAUGGCCGACCUGUGGAUCUUCGACACGGUCAACUACGUCUGGCACUCGCCCAACCUGCCCCCCGCGCAGCUGAAGCCCGACGCCCGCUCGUCCUUUACCUUUCUACCGCACGAGACCGGUGCAGUCCUGUACGGUGGGUAUUCACGCGUCAAGGCGACGGUGAAGAUCAAGCAAAAAGGUGGCGGCGGCGGCGGCGGCGGGAAGGGUGGAAAGGGUUCCAAGGGAGGUGGCGGCGGUGGUGGUGGUAGCGUACAAGGGCAGAAGAACAUUCUCAGGCCCAUGGUCCACGAGGACUGCUUCUUCCUGCGCAUGACCCUGCCGGCGACGGAGGAUGGCCCUCCCGGCGUACGGUGGGAGAAGCGCAAGAAGCCGACCAACUCGCCCAACCCGGCGCGCGCCGGCGCCACGAUGACGUGGCACAAGGGCCGCGGCAUCCUGUUCGGCGGGGUGUACGACGUGGAGCAGAGCGAGGAGGGCAUGGACAGCGAAUUCUUCAACCAGCUCUUCGCGUGGAACAUCGACCGCAACCGCUUCAUGCCGCUCAACCUGCGCAGGCCGCGCCAGCAGCAGUCCAGGAAGGGCGGCGGCAACCAGGACCAGCGCCGCGGCGGCGGCGGCGGCGGCGGGCGUCGCGGCCGCCAGGGCAACGACGAGGAGCUGCUCCGACAGCUGCAGGCCAUCGAGAUGGGCGCCUCCCUCGAGGACAUCGACGACAUCGAGCUCGCCAGGAAGAAGGAAGUCGAGGCCGACGGCAGCGGUGACCGGCCUGAUGGCGAGGGAGACGACGGUGACGACCGCGACGGUCCCAGGAAGGAGUACCCCGUUACUCUGGAGCCGCCGCACGUCCGGUUCAAUGCGCAGAUGGCUGUCCAGGGAGACAUCCUCUACAUCUACGGUGGGACGUUUGAAAAGGGCGAUCGGGAAUUUACCUUUGAUGACCUCUAUGCCAUAAACCUGGACAAACUGGAUGGGUGCAAGCAGAUUUUCCAGAGGGCUGUUGAGGACUGGAUCGAUGACGAGGAUGACGAGGAUGACGAAGAUGAUGAUGAGGACGAUGACGACGACGACGAAGUGUACGAGACUGCGGACAAGCAAUCCACCCCUAGCAAACGCAGCAAGAAGAAGCAGGAGGAAGCGACCGAAGCAGGAGGGUCAGAGACGACAGAGCCUUCUACGGCGACGACGACAGCGACGACAGAGGAUGACGAUGACGAGGUAGUGGCAGAUGACGGUCUACCUCAUCCAAGGCCCUUUGAAUCCCGCCGAGACUUCUUCGUCCGCACAUCAAACGAGUGGCAGGAGAUCCUCAUGACCAACCUACGGUGGAAGAACGUCCAGCCCGAGACCCUGACGAUCAAGGAGAUCAAGUCCCGUGCUUUCGAGCUGUCCGAGGAGAAGUGGUGGGACAGCCGCGAGGAGAUUACCGCCAUAGAGGAGGAGCAAGAGGCAGCUGGUAUCCAAGAGGUUGUCAGUCUGGCCGAGAGGGGUGAUGCUGGUGGUGGUGGUGGAGGUGGAGGCGGUGCAAGGAGGAGAUGA